AUGCUGGUGAGCAGUGAUCUGGAUACUUAUCAUGGCCAUACCGGUGUAACAGCAGAUUAUCCAAAUGGUAUUUAUCAUUAUCACAUAACCGCCGAUGCGCCUUAUAUCAAUGGCAGCGGUUUUUAUGGUACCAAAGGAACUGCACAACCGCAGGGUGCACCACCAAAACUUCCUUCCAAAGAAGACAGGCUGAAACAUGUGUCCGAGGCUUUGGAUAAUGCGUUACAUCUUACUGCCACGCAAAAGCAAAAAGUUUUGGCGGCCUACGGCACUUUUUUUGAUAAAGCCGAUAAGAUGCGCAACAAAGAUGAAAAGAUGCAGCCACCACCACCACCACCGCCCCCGCCACCGCAGCUCAAAAGAGAAGACCUCGAUAAGCUGGUAGCCGAGCGUGAUGCACAGGUGAAGCAGGCAUUGGAUGCGGAUACCUAUAAGAAAUAUACGGAAGUAGAGAAGACCCUGCAUCCGCCAAGACCCCCACAGCCGUCACAAUUAAAGAACUAG